AUGCAGCUGACUUUGCUCAUCGCAGUUGCACACACACCAACAAAACUAGUACACUCAUUAACAUCCCACAAUAAUGAAACAAAACACUCUCCUCUCCUCUCUGCUUCUACUGGCAUCACUCCCCAUCCUCCUCCACGUCUCAGCCCAAGCAGCAACCUCCCCACCACCGCCGCUACCACCCGCCGCAACAGAGUUCCUGGCAGCUCACAACGAGGCACGAGCCGCGGUGGGCGUUCAGCCCCUAAUCUGGAGCCAGCAGCUGGCUAACGCCACAAGCCGACUCGUCCGGCUCCAGAGGGACAAGAUGGGCUGCCAGUUCGCCAACCUGACAGCUGGCAAGUACGGCGCCAACCAGCUGAUGACAAGUGGCGGAGCCGUGACUCCCCGCAUAGCGGUGGAAGAGUGGGUGAGGCAAAAGCAAUAUUACAACCACGCCAACAAUUCUUGCGUUCCAAAUCACAGGUGCGGUGUUUACACGCAGGUAGUGUGGAGGAAAUCGAUUAUGUUGGGGUGCGCUCAAGCCACAUGCGUUAAGGAGGAUGCUAGCUUGACCAUUUGUUUCUAUAAUCCACCUGGGAAUUACUUUGGGGAGAGUCCAUACUGAUCCAUGCUCUAUUUCUUAAUUGUGAUCGUUGCUGAGUGUUUCGUUUAGUGUUAAUUAACUAGAAUGGUGCUGAGAUUGGGCUUUUGAGGGCAUUGAACCAUUUUGGCAUGAUGCCAUUCCCAGUUUGCUACUAAUAAUAAUGCAUCUUGUUUACUAGUUAAGAAAAUGAGAUCGAUCUUCAUUUAUUUUAAUAUUUUUAUUAUUUUCAA